AAGAAUUUGAGGCCAUGGAACAUGUUUAAUAAAUUUUUAUACCCAAAGUAAAUGUUUGAUAAAAUUUUUGAAUUUAAUAGACAUGAAUAUAAUACUCUAAGAGUUUAGAGUAGAGUUAGAAGAUUGUGUGAACUAUAGCAUCCUUGCCUAGAUCAUAAUGGGAUAAUUAUAAGGUUUGGGCUGGUUGAGGGGAGAAGAAAUUAAGUUAAACUGGAGGAGAAAACAGAGGCUAAGCCUAAAGAUAAAGCUGGCAGGCAUAGGAGACAAGAUACCAGCCUGUCUGUAGCAAAGGGUUUGUUUUAUGAAGUGAGUACUAGACGGAUGGAGUAGAGCCAUGUGGUGGGAAAUGGUGAAUACCAGAUUGUGGGAUAUUGAUUUUCUUCUAUGGGCAAAAGGGUUUUCAGACUACUUCCAUGGAAUGUUCGUAGAAGCUAAGCCAAAAGAAGAAGUAAAUAUAACAGACAUUGAGGUUUGGGAAACAUUGGUUUAACAGAUUUGUUUACUGAAAUAUUUCUUUGAACUCUGAAAGUAUGCAUUGUAAAUUUCCAAAAUUGUUCAAACUCAGCACACUCUUGCUUAUAAAAGAAGAGCCCUUCCUGGAACAUAUUUUGGGAAAUUAGGAUAUGUGGGCAUUGAUGAAACACUAGCUGGAAUGUUACAAGAUCAUGGAAGGCCCAUGAAAGAUGGGGCUUUCUUGGUACUGUUCACAGUUCUACUGCUUGCUCUGAGAACAUGUAGCAAAAGUAUUUUCUUAGUAUAUAUUAAAUGAAUGAUUUUUUGGCUUUAGAGGAUAAAGAAAAAAUGAGAUCAGAAUUAAAUCAGUUUUUUUUUAGCAAGAUUAAUCUGAUAAUAUAGUAUAGAAUAGAAUAUGAGGGAAAGAGGCUAGAAGCUGAAACGUUAAAAAAGAACGUAUUAAAAGUUUUCCCAACCUAAGAUUUUUUUUUUCUUGGACUGUGGCGACAUCUUUGAAAAUGGAAACUAAAAUGGAUAACAAUGAUAUUUUGUAAAGAGAAAUGACAAGAUUUGGUGAUAAAUUAGUUGCAGGAAGAAGUAAGUUUUCAAGGUACUCAAAAGAGUUUGUAUGGCUCUGAGUCACUAUAGGGCAGAAGGAAUUUCUUCGUUGUUUUCUUAAUGUAGCCUAAUGAUCUGAUGGAUGCGGUUUUGAAGGAAGUAUCCAAUCCCGUGAAAGUUUACUUUGUGUCUACUUUAUGUUUGAGAACUUUCUGUGUAGAAAAAUAGUACAAGUUUUGAAACAGUAAAGCUAGUGAUGGGAAAGAGUUUGAAUGAAAGAUGCAGAAAAAAAAAAACCCUGUUUUUAAAAAUCAUGCUGAAUUUGGGGCACCUGGGUGGCUUAGUCAGCGAGAAGAAGCUCAUUACAGAUGCCCUUAAUAGAAAUCAGUUUCUGAAGAGACUGGAUCCUCAGCAGAUCAAAGACAUGGUGGAAUGCAUGUAUGGUAGAAACUACCAGCAAGGGAGUUACAUUAUUAAGCAAGGAGAACCAGGAAACCAUAUCUUUGUGCUAGCAGAGGGUCGACUAGAGGUGUUCCAAGGGGAGAGAUUGCUGUCAUCCAUCCCCAUGUGGACCACGUUUGGGGAGCUAGCCAUUUUAUACAACUGUACGAGAACUGCCUCUGUGAAAGCUAUUACCAAUGUUAAAACUUGGGCACUAGAUCGAGAGGUAUUCCAGAAUAUAAUGAGAAGGACAGCUCAAGCUAGAGAUGAACAGUACAGAAACUUCCUCAGAAGUGUAUCCUUGCUGAAGAAUUUACCUGAAGAUAAAUUAACCAAGAUCAUUGACUGCUUGGAAGUGGAAUACUAUGACAAAGGAGAUUACAUUAUUAGAGAGGGCGAGGAAGGAAGUACCUUCUUCAUUUUAGCAAAAGGAAAGGUAAAAGUCACCCAGAGCACAGAGGGCCACGAUCAGCCACAACUGAUAAAAACACUGCAGAAAGGAGAAUACUUUGGAGAAAAAGCUCUAAUCAGUGAGGAUGUCAGAUCAGCUAACAUCAUCGCCGAAGAAAAUGAUGUCGCAUGCCUGGUUAUAGAUCGAGAGACAUUCAACCAAACAGUCGGGACUUUUGAAGAACUCCAAAAAUACCUUGAAGGGUAUGUGGCAAACCUAAACCGUGAUGAUGAGAAAAGACAUGCAAAGAGAUCCAUGUCUAACUGGAAGCUGUCCAAAGCACUCUCUCUGGAGAUGAUUCAGCUGAAGGAGAAGGUGGCCAGAUUUUCCUCAUCAUCCCCAUUCCAGAACCUUGAGAUUAUUGCAACACUGGGCGUUGGUGGGUUCGGAAGAGUUGAGCUUGUUAAAGUGAAAAAUGAGAAUGUGGCUUUUGCUAUGAAGUGUAUAAGGAAGAAGCACAUCGUUGACACUAAGCAACAGGAGCACGUUUACUCAGAAAAGAGGAUUCUAGAAGAGUUGUGUUCUCCCUUCAUUGUGAAAUUAUAUCGUACUUUCAAGGACAAUAAGUAUGUGUACAUGCUUCUGGAGGCCUGCUUAGGUGGGGAGCUAUGGAGUAUAUUAAGGGACAGAGGCAGCUUUGAUGAGCCCACCUCCAAGUUCUGCGUGGCUUGUGUGACAGAAGCAUUUGAUUACCUGCACCGACUAGGUAUUAUCUACAGAGACCUGAAACCAGAAAACUUAAUUCUAGAUGCUGAGGGUUAUCUUAAAUUGGUUGACUUUGGAUUUGCUAAGAAAAUAGGAUCUGGACAGAAAACGUGGACGUUCUGUGGAACUCCAGAGUAUGUAGCUCCUGAAGUCAUUCUCAACAAAGGACAUGACUUCAGUGUGGAUUUUUGGUCCCUGGGAAUUCUAGUGUAUGAGCUCCUCACUGGCAACCCUCCCUUUUCCGGGAUUGACCAAAUGAUGACCUACAAUUUGAUUCUCAAAGGAAUUGAAAAAAUGGAUUUUCCCAGAAAGAUAACAAGAAGGCCUGAGGAUUUGAUUCGCAGGCUUUGCAGGCAAAAUCCAACGGAGAGACUUGGAAAUCUGAAGAACGGAAUCAAUGACAUUAAGAGACACAGGUGGUUAAAUGGUUUUAAUUGGGAGGGACUGAAAGCGCGGAACCUUCCAUCACCUUUACAAAGAGAGCUCAGUGGACCCACAGACCACAGCUACUUUGACAAGUAUCCCCCUGAAAAGGGUGUGCCUCCAGAUGAACUGUCAGGCUGGGAUAAAGACUUCUGACAGAAGAAAAGAUGAUUACUGCCGAUACAUACAGAAGAAGAGUGUAAGGACCAAUAACCCAGUAGUGAUCAUUUCUCUCUUUGGAGUAUUAUAAUAUCUUUUGGAAGACCAUUAGGGAAGAGGAAUCCCUGGCCAUGAGCUGGGUGGACGAUGUGGCUAUGAAGGUGGUUCUGAAUUAUAAUGUCUCAUUUAGAUGCUGUGAAUUAUUCAUGUAUUCUAUUCUUCGCUUUUCUCAAAUGCUGAAGGCUAUCCUAUUCCCCUCUCCACAGUCUGAACCAGUUGUGCUGAUGGGGCACCAUUUUCUCUGCAAUCUGUUGCUCCAUCCCAAUCAUACUUGUCUCCUUUGAAUCCUAAUAAGGUUUAAAAAGUGUCUUGCCUUUGAGCAACUAAGUCACGCAAAUGGAAGGAAGAAAAGGGGUGAGCUUUAGAAGGCUUCCCCUGUGACAGCAAUUCCAUGUAAGCAUUACGGCAUCUCAAAGUCGUGGUUUGCAGAAAUCUUUGUAGUCCAUACAAGCUCUUGAUUUUCACCUGCAUUCCACCUAAAAACAUGUUAACAUGUUUCUGGUGCUGGUCUGGGAAAGGCAAGUUUAAGUAUUAGUGGUACCACUUCCUAACAUAAAUGAGUUAAUUCAUCCAGCCAGUAAUUAUAUUCCAUUGGGGAACUUGGAAAAAAUAAAGCAAAAAAUAUUUUUCAUUCUCCUGUGACCAGCUGUGAUACCUCAGAGACUUUUCAAAAGCCUUGUUAAAAGUAGUUAUAAUGUGUGAUCAGGUGAUGGGCCUUUGGAAAGGUUUUAUCUUAUAUGCUAAAUAUUUUCCCAAUCAAAGUAGAAAACACACAGGCACAAAAUCGUGAAGGCUUUUUCUUCUCAUUAAAUAUGGAGGAGAAUAAUUUCUAAUGGGUCAGGUUGCUGACUCUGAAACCCUGAGAUAUUUUGGCCAGUUCUAUGAAUGUUGCUGUUAAUCAAUCAAGAGUAUAGAAUAACCACAGUUAAUUUUUAAUGAAAGUCCCAUUGACUAAUGUUGAUGCACUGUAAUCACUGUUGCAUCAAUAACUUUUUAAGGAGAUUUGAGUCAUGGAUGUGUUUAUAAUUUUAGAUUUUUGAGGUAGGCAAGCACCUCGAGAAGUCAUAGGACUUAAGUAAAAGGGACAUCCAGGAUGUGCCCUUCUGUCUUCUCACAACCUUCCAGAUGAUGAAUAGACUAGUUUCAAUGGCAUUGGAUGCCAGUGCCUAAGAAGUUUACUAAAGAAUGUUUUUAUGUAUCGACCAAAAUCCUACCAAAUGGAUGGGAAGCAGACUUUCUCUGUAUCUUUUUGAUCUGGCAGAGUAAAAAUAACAUCUAAGUUCCUGCAUUAUUCAAGCUUCUGGUUAUAUUUUCACAUGCUAAUGUUCUAUGGGAAAAGCAACCUCUACCCACUCUCCACCCAUAUUUUCAGCAUUCAGAAAGAGUCAGCUAUAUGCUUCCUGAAAAGUCAAACCAGUUAAGUGAGGCCCAACCCAAGAAGGUGCAUCCUUAACAAACUGAAUUUCCACAUUUAGAGAAUCCUUUUGCUGAACCAAAGAAUUUUUGUUUCCUGGAGUAGUAUUUUUAAAGAUUAUGUAUUGUACAUAGACAAAGCAUUUUUAAUAGGAUCAACAUAACCUGCUUAAUGAAUUUCUAAGAUUUUUAAGAGAUUUUUAUUUGCAUUUGGUUUGUAAGCAUUGUAUGUUUUUCAUGUAUAUAUUUUUAAAUUGCCCACCUAUAAAUGUAGAAAAUUUAUGCAUUGGAUGGAUAUUAGAAUUAUAUAGUUAUAAUAAUAAUUAAUAUUCUCAAAGGAGAUCAAUAGUUGUAAUUCAAAAAAGACUUACAUACAUACAAUAAAAACCAACUGAGAGUA